CACAAAUCUGUUUCAUCAAGCCUGACUCUACUAACAGUUGCAAAAUUAGAUGUAAGAUUAUAGAAAAUUGCAAUAUACUACUUACUGUAUUUACUCAAUUGUAUUCUCAAACGAACACAAUCGAUCACUAACUUGGACCAGGCGUUUAGAUAAUUUAAUUUUACUGCCACCUACUGAUGUGACUGCGUGAACUGUUUUGAUUAGGUCAUUUCUAUUACCAUACCUGUCUCAGGUGUGCAUUAUUUUAGAAUGUAUUUAUAAGAACAAUCUAUCGUCAAUGUCUGUUUUGUAUCUUUUCUGCUAGAAAUACUGUCAGUCAUAGCCUAUGGCUAAAUGCAUGAAUGUAUCAGUGGAGGUAGAAAUGGGGAGGACAGGUUCACUGUAAUGGCUGAAAAUAUGCCACAGUGAAACAUUAACACCAUGAAAGGUUCUCCCCCAGCAAAUAUUUGCUUGUGAUUUUGGCACCAUGGUGAUAAGUUUUAAAACAAAAUCUUACUAAUUGCAUGCAUUGCAAUGCAAACAGUGUUUAUAUGUGAACGUGAGACAUGGCAAAUUGAUAUUGUAAGAUUAUCCACCAAAAUGCUAAAUUAUGCAUAAAAGACACUUGAUGCAGGGAAACGUGCAGCUACCACUAUUCAGGUGAUGCUCUUCACUUUGGAAUGGUUCUAAAAAAAAGAGAGUGAACCAUUUCAGGAAAGGCACAUUGAUGUAAGGAAAAAGACAACACAGGAAGAAGUAAUAACAGUCCAAGAAGUGCUAUGGCUGUAAGCACAUUGAUUCAAGCCACCUUGAUGGGAAAGGACUUCCUUCAGUCCUCACACAUUCCAUUUUGGGGCGGCGACAGUUGCAAUGGCCUUGACGAGACAUUUAAGACCACCUUCCAGACGGACUUCAACUCUCUUGCCACCCUACCCAAGAGAUUCGCCAUCUCUCGCCCCAUCCCUGCCCAGGUCGAGCACAAAGACCUGCGUCGGAUCAAGGAGUAUCUGACCGAAGCGGUCAAGUCAUAUCCCCACCACCCACAGAUCCCCCUCUGCCGCACACCUGCUUGGGCUAAGCUGUGCACUAACUUCCAGAUGCAUAAAGACCCCAGGCAGGUCAACUUCCUCACCACCCAGGCAGAGGGCUUCCAGCACCUGGCCUCAACCCACACCAAACCCAUCCGGCCAGUCAUGGCCAUUAAGAAGAAACAGCUGGAGGAGAAGCUUCCUGUGACCACUCAUAAAGCUUCAUUCACCCCAUACAAUGUGUCGCCCAUUGUUAAGGCCAAGGUCAAACACAUAGGGCGAGAACCCACCUUUAAAUGGGACAGGGAUGGCCAACAUUUUGACUCCCACCACAACAAUGUAUUCCAGGGACAAUGGCACAGCCCACCUCAACCUGUGGAGAAGCAAAUCCACUCAUCAGUGGCAAUGGGAGACCCACAGAAGAUUCUGGAAACUAAAACCACCCAGGAUGUGUCCUUUGGACACCCUGGCAAUCCUAGUCCAGUCAAUGUGAAGGAACGUUUGAAGGUCAAUCUUGGCGAUUUCUCUGAAAACAAAUGGACAUCCACAAUGGCUGACGCGUUUCGCGAGGCCAAGUCAGCCCCUGUUCUACUGAUGCAAAUGAACAAGACUCUCAGCUCAGUCCCCAGAGGGGACACUGAUCCUGGGCGCAACCGACGGAGGAUGAUGGCCACAACCAACAGCUUUUUCUUCUCUGAGCAGAACCACAGAGAGCGGCCAGUGCAUUUCAGUGGAGCCAACGUGAGGACCAGGAGCAAUGUGGAGUUCGGCAGACCCAUUCUGGGAGGCCUGUUCUACAGCACCGCAGCCCAGGAAGACUACCCCAAGAGGGACAUAAAUCGAGCUAGGCCGCAUACCCAUCCCUCUGGCCAUGUGCUGACUGGCCAAGAGCCUGGAACAGCCUCGACUACUGUUCAAAGGGACUACCUCCCACUAAACUCCAGGAGACAGGAACUUAGCCCAAAACAACUUCAACAGAUUAAAUUCAGCCACAUCACCGCUCCCUACAAUGAGCAACACUUCACCACGACCCAUAAGGAAGCUUUUGGGCCCAAGCCUCUCUCCAGGACCUGCCCGGACAACCCACCGAGACAACACAUUAGCCACAUGCCUUUCUAAAGAGACCAAAGAGCUGCCUUAUCAAAACUUGCUUUCACAAAUAAAGCAUUUACUCUAUAUAUUUAAGGGACAUUUUGGGGAUAUGCAAGGGAAAAGCUCUGGUGCAAAACAAUUGCAAACUUUUUUUAAAAAGAGAUAGGCCUACUCCUCUGAAAUGUAUGCUUUAUUCAAUGUUCUGUUUGUUUAUUGAGCAAAUGGCCAGGUGAUAUGGAGCAACUGCUUACCUCUAUUGACUAAACAUGUACAUUUUACUGCCUACACAUGAUCCAAUAAAUGUGGAAAUAAAAGCCCAUGGGUCAAUUUUGGUAACUUGUUCCCAGAUCUGUCAUACCAUACAAGUAUUAGGCAUGACAGCAACAAUAGGAGUUGGCUAUACACAGUACUUAUACCUGGGACCUACUCCUCUUGUAUACUGGGACCGGGCUAAUCUUUUGGUGUGUUGGCUGUGAUGUCACCUAAAGUGACUUGCAUGUCUUGAGAGGAAGUGUGCAAGAAGCCUGAUCAUUUCACUGACACAAUAAGAUAAAGACAUUGACCCACUCAGGUCCAAUGUGAAACAUCAAAGCACAGGGCCUUCUUUAUUCUUUAUGUAAAU